AAUCCAAAUUUCAGUCCAAUAUCCAAGAAGGAAUCUCGUCGUAAAGGUUCAUCGACCACGUCGAAUUUCCUCCACUCACUUCGACUGCCGUCAUUCCGAAUGCCCGGCACAUCGUCGUCCUCAUCAUCGCACUCACCCCACGAUAUGAUUCCUAAUCAAGGUUCCUCUCGGUCCCGGAUCGUCUUCCCGUACAGUAACAAUGUCGGCGUAUCCGGCACGACCACAACAAAUACGAACACGUAUUCGAACUCGAUUCUGAUGCAGUCAACAUCGUCACAGUCGCACUCAUCGCUACCGUUAGCGAUCAAUAGUGCAUCAGCAUCCUCGAAUGUCUCGUCGUUGAAUCAUCAACAGAAAGAGAAAGUUCGACAGUGGAUCAGAAAAGAGGCCGAAUAUCUUCUUUCGACGUAUUUCGCGCCGAACUCCGCAAACGGAGAUUCGACAACCCCGUCGACAAUCACUCGAAUGAGUGCCGUUGCAUCGGCGUUAUUGGCCGAAAAAGAUGUCGGAAGCGGUCCGCUUAGCGAACUUAAGAAUUUGGAUAAGAUGAAAUUAAGGCAUAUUUUGGGUUGUGAAAUUAUCAAUUCUGGAAACUUGGUGAAAUGUUGGGUGGAUUGCUAUUGGGGUAUAAUGAAAAGGUGA